AUGAAAAGGAAACGGAGAUCAGUUGAAAAGAAUCAUGAUUUGUAUAUAUUAGCGAAUGAUUUAGCCCAACCAGAACAACUCAAACAGGAGAUCAAGAAAAUAGAAAACUGCAAUAUACUAAAUUUUCCAAUAGUAAAGUCCGAUUGGCUUACAAAGUCACUGGAAGCAGAGAAAUUGCUCCCAUAUGCUGACUUUAUAUACCGCCCGAAAAGGGUAACAAGCAACUCAGAGAUACCUGAUGCGAAAAGAAUAAAGAUUUCACCCAAGAUAAAGGUGACGAAACCAGACAAAGCUACGACUAUCAUUUCGCUGUUACAGAGAAACAAAAACAGAAAGGAAGAGUUGGCUACAGAUAGUAAGCCUUUGAAAACAAAUAAUAUGAUAAUAGACAAAUUUGAGAAGAUUAUUAAUCUAUUGGAAAUCGACAAAUUUGUUAACCCUUCUGAUGAAUUUAGAAUUGCACAAUACAGAAAUGCAGUAAAGCGUAUAGAAACGCUUUCUGUGCCAAUUUCGUCCAGCAAUGAUUUAAAAGGCGUAUACAACUUUGGGAAGGGUCUCAAGAAACAUAUACAGGAAAUCAUUGAUACAGGAACGUUCGAGAAAUACGAGGCACUUAAACAGAAAGUUGCAACAGACAAAACAUGUAAUCUUAUUAAUGAGAUAUGCAAUAUACACGGAUUUGGACCUGCCAGUGCUUUUAAGAUUUUGAAAAAUUAUCAUAUUAACAGCGUUGAAGAAUUGAAAACAAACGAAGAUCUAUAUCGAAGCCUUACGAAACAACAGAAGCUAGGGAUAAAGUACAGAUAUGAUUGGUCACAAAGGAUACCGAGGUACGAAGUUACAGAAAUCUUCGAGAAACUCUUGGGUAUUGUCAAUAAACAACCAUUAGUUGAGGGAAACAAUCAACCAGUGAUUCGGAUCAUGGGCUCUUAUGUGAGAGGGGUGAAAACGUGCGGUGAUAUUGAUUUGAUGAUGUAUCAGAAGGGUGAAAAUGAUCCGAAGGUACUUCACGGUCUUCUUUACAAAUUAGUGAAAAUAUUAGAGGAAGAGAAGUUUAUUGAUUGCGAAUUAACUGACGUAUCACCAAAAAUGAGCAAAUUCAACGGAUCGUGCAUUUUGGAGGAAGGUAAGGGAAUGUUACAUCGGAGAAUCGACAUUAUAGCCGUGGAAUACGAUCGACUUGGGGCGGCAUUGCUUUAUUUUGUUGGAAAUCAAGCGUUUAAUAGAGGAUUGAGGAUGUUAGCCAUAUUGAACAAUGAACGGCUUAGUGACCAGGGACUUGUGAAGUUAGUUACUGAUAAGCAGGGGGCGCAACGAGAAGAAAUGAUAGAGAGUUUCGACGAAAACAAGAUACUAGACCAUUUGGGUGUCGGUUGGGUGGAUUAUACAGAUAGGAAUAUAUAG